AACGCAAGGAAGAACACCAAAUCGAAAAGUGACAGAUUAUUACCCAGUUAGAAGAAGUUCCAGGAAGAGCAAAUCGGAAUUGGAGACUGAGGAGAGGAGGAAAAUAGAUGAGCUAAUUACAAGUGGGAAAGAAGAAGGAAUGAAGAUUGAUUACAUCGAUGGCAAAGGGAGAGGAGUAAUCGCUACUAAACAUUUUAAUCGAGGAGAAUUUGUAGUUGAAUAUCAUGGAGAUCUCAUAGAGAUCACUGAUGCUAAAAAGCGAGAAGCUGUGUAUGCUCAAGAUCCAUCCACAGGCUGCUAUAUGUACUAUUUUCAGUACCUCAGCAAAACAUACUGUGUUGAUGCUACAAAGGAAACUGAUCGUCUGGGAAGACUGAUUAAUCACAGCAAAUGUGGCAAUUGUCAAACAAAGCUUCAUGACAUUGAUGGUGUUCCUCAUCUCAUACUCAUAGCUUCCAGAGACAUUAAAGCAGGUGAAGAACUGUUGUACGACUAUGGAGACAGAAGCAAAGCUUCCAUUGCAGCUCAUCCAUGGCUGAAACACUAA